AUGCCCAGGAGCUUCCCCGCGGUCAUCCCCUUCGACUACACCGAAGAACCCGCAUCGGAGCGCCUGCAUCGCCGUCUUAUUCCUCCUCUGUCUCGUCGGACUCCAUCGACUACUUCGGCUCUUGCAGGCCUCCCCGAGCACGCUGCCAUCCCCUACCGCCCCGCCGUGAGCACCGCAUCGAUUCCCCUCUCUUCCUUCUCUCGUUUAGCCGCCGAAGGCACCACACGCGACCUCCCGCAGCCCGCGUUGCCCGCGCAUGCGCUUGCCGUGCCCACGGCCUCCAUGCUCCUGCUGCUCCGGCCACCGCGCCGUCACGCGCCCGCAGCCGCACGUACCCCCUUGCAGCCCCCUCACUCCGCCGCCUGCAACCCGCCUCCGCCCGGCCCGUGCCUCGCCCCUCCCCUGCUCGACCCCGCCGGCCGCUGGCCCCGCCCCUGCGCCUACCUCCACCCACGGCCACCGCAGGUAGCUGCUACCUUGGCGCCCCGCUCGCCUAGUGCUCGUGCUGCACGCGCCGGCCAGUCGCUGCGCGGCGCCCCGCCCGCGGGCUCGCCGCUACUGUUGCCGUGUCCCUGCACCAGCCCAUAA